AUGGAUUUGUAUUUUACUUCUCAGAAUGUGAUCACAUCUCUUAAGCCUAUGAGCUUAGUUCGUUCAUAUGCUUUAGUUGUGUGGUUGAAUGGUGAAAUUUAUGUUUUUGGUGGUGGAAAUGGUUAUGUUUGGUAUGACACAGUUGAAUCAUACAAUCCAGUUCAUGACAGCUGGACCUUGUGCCGCUCUUUGAACCAGAAGAAAGGACGCUUGUCAGGAGCUGCUCUGAAUGACAAACUAUUUGUUGUUGGUGGUGGCAAUGGAGUUGACAGCUUUUCAGAUGUUGAGAUGCUUGAGUUAGAUAUUGGGCGGUGGAUCCCUACACACUCAAUGCUAGACAAGGAGCAAUUGAUCUUGCUCAAGGAUACUGUUGUGAGUGUUUUGCAAUGUGUUAAUCUUGACCAUGCCAACUUAAUGUUGUUCCAAAAUAUUCUGCCCAAAUCCCAAGCAAUUUGUACACAAGAUGAUUUUGAAAAGAAUGGAGGGAAUAAUCAGUAUGCACUUGGUGGCUUUGAUGGUGACAAAAUAGUUCCAAGUAUUGAAGUGUUUGAUCCUCGUCUUGGGGCAUGGACGAUAGGGGAACCAAUGAAUCAUCGUAGGGGGUAUUCUGCUGUUGUAGUUGUCAAGGAAUCCAUUUAUAUGAUUGGAGGAGUUAAAGUGUGCGAGAACAUUGUAGAUACGCUAUUGCCUGCAGUCAUGAGUGACAAAGGUUCUUCAGUGGUCACAUAG